AUGUUUAGAUAUUCUGUACCAAUUAAAAAUAUUAUGGGUACACCUACUGGUAGGAGUAUUGCUACACUUCCAAAAUCGUUUAAAUCUUUAAUAUAUUCGAAACAUGAUGUGGAUAAUUGUUCCGAGGUGCUUUCAGUCAAAGAGUAUGUCCCAAAGGAGAAUUUGAAAGAAUCUAUAGUUUUGAGAACUUUGGCAUUUCCUAUUAACCCCUCUGAUAUAAAUCAAUUACAAGGUGUUUACCCUUCAAUUCCUGAAAAAACAUUAGAUUUUUCUACGGAUGAACCAGCUGCUGUUGCAGGUAAUGAAGGUUUAUUUGAAGUUAUUCAUGUACCAACUAAAGCGUCAGAUAAAUUUAAAGUCGGUGAUUGGGUUAUACCACUAAAGUCAAACCAAGGUACUUGGACUGAUUAUAAAGCUAUUACUAAUCCUUCUGAUUUGAUUAAAGUUAACGGAUUAGACUUAUUAUCAGCAGCCACUGUUUCUGUCAAUGGCUGUACUGCCUAUCAAUUGGUAAAUAAUUACAUUAAAUGGGAUUCAACUGGAAGUAACAAUGAAUGGAUAAUUCAAAACGCUGGUACUUCAGGUGUUUCCAAAUUGGUAACUCAGAUAGCUAAGGCAAGGGGUAUUAAAACAUUGAGUGUUAUUAGAGAUCGUGAUAAUUUUGAUGAAGUUGCACAAGAAUUAGAAAAUAAAUAUGGUGCCACUAAAGUUAUUUCAGAAACUAUGAAUAACGAUAAAACAUUUGGUAAACAAGAUUUACCGAAGAUAUUAGGACCUAAUGGUACAAUAAAGUUAGCUUUAAACUCUGUUGGUGGAAAAUCUAGCAGUUCUAUUGCCCGUAAAUUAGAAAAGAACGCACUAAUGUUAACAUAUGGGGGGAUGUCUAAACAACCAGUUAGUUUACCAACUUCCUUAUACAUUUUUAAAGGGUUGACCUCUAAAGGGUAUUGGAUAACUGAAAAUACAAAAAAGAAUCCAUCUGAAAAAGUCGAAACUGUAGAGGGUUUUAUCAAGUUAUAUCAAGAAGGUCAUAUUGAGACACCCAAUUUAUCAAGAGAUUUUAAUCAUAUAGAAUGGGAUGUCAGUAAUGACAAAGAUAUACUUGAAAAGGUCAAAGAGGGGAUUAAUGCAAAGGGUAAAAAACAAAUAGUAUUGUUAAAAUGGAAAUGA